AUGAUGAAGGGCUUGAUGUCCCAAAAAUUUGAUUUCCAAGACUUAGCCACAGUGACUCUAACUCAGGCCUGUAGUGUUGUGGUGACUAGACCAGUUGCUGAGAAGUUGUCUGACCCAGGGAGUUUCACAAUUCCCUGCACCAUUGGUAACUUUGCUUUUGCCAAGGCACUUUGUGAUUUGGGCGCUAGCAUAAAUCUUAUACCCCUGGUGAUCUAUAAGAGGUUGGGGAUUGGAAGAGCUAGACCCACGUCUAUGUUAUUGCAGCUGGCUGACAGAACUGUGAAACAACCCUCUGGUAUCUUGGAUGAUGUGUUGAUUCAGGUGGAUGGAGAAAUUCACAUAAUUUUGGGAAGGCUGUUCUUGGCCACAGGGAGAGCUCUUAUUGAUUGUGAAACUAAGGAGCUCAAGAUGAGGUUGAACGAUGAGGAGAUAAUAUUCAGUGUGCAAAAAUCUAUGAGGCGACCAAGUGAAUUUGCUAAUUGCUCUAUUAUUGAUGCCGUGGAUGUAAUCGUAUAA